UGUCAUUAUAUCAGCAGGGCAGUUUUCAUCACCAAAGCUGAGUCAAAGGGUGAUGGAGAGGAGUGGGGUGAGUCAUGUGUGACAGGUAGAAAUGAAAACAUAGUGGCCAGGGCAAGUCUGUUUCCUGGAGAUGUUCAUCUUAUAAAAAGCCAAGCUGGCCCAUGCCUUCACAUCACACCUGAGCCACCAGGCAGCCUGCUCUUCUCUGUGAACUAGGACCAGCCCCUGUUGAAGCAUGAGCUCCCAGCAGCAGAAACAGCCCUGCACUGUACCUCCUCAGCUGCAGCAGCAGCAGGUGAAACAGCCUUGCCAGCCUCCACCCCAGGAGCCGUGCGCCCCUAAAACCAAGGAGCCAUGCAACCCUGUUGUUCCUGAGCCCUGCCACCCUAAAGUGCCUGAGCCCUGCCACCCCAAGGCUCCUGAACCCUGCCACCCCAAGGCUCCUGAACCCUGCAACCCGGUUGUUCCUGAGCCCUGCCAUCCCAAGGCGCCUGAGCCCUGCCACCCCAAGGCGCCUGAGCCCUGCCACCCCAAGGCGCCUGAACCCUGCAACCCGGUUGUUCCUGAGCCCUGCCACCCCAAGGUGCCUGAGCCCUGCCACCCCAAGGUGCCUGAGCCCUGCCCCUCAACGGUCACUCCAGCACCAGCUCAGCAGAAGACAAAGCAGAAGUAACAUGGUCCACAGGCAGGCCCCAGAAGAGCCAAUCCAUCAUGGGAUGCUGAGCCUUCUUCCCCAGGAGUCCCCUGGGGCCCCUUGACCUUGAAAUGGUCAUGCUGUCACCAAGUUAUAAUCCUUCUCCCCUUGCAACCCUUAAAAAGAUAUCCCUUAUACUCAUUCUGAGCCUCUAAAUAGGGCUGAAAGUCUCACUGAAUGAGUCUUUCCCUGGCUCAGGGUUCAUCUGAAGAGGAGCCAAGUGAAUCCUCCCUGUCCUGCUCUCAUUAAAUCACUUUUAACUUCA